AUAAGCUUCCAGCAGUGGUACAACAGGUGGUCAAUAGGAGCAGAUGUCUUUCACAUUUGUUUGUUGAAAAAUCUUCACCUUGGGGUGCUGAAGUUAGAGAUAACAAAAUUGGAAGGAGACAUGUUGUUAACACUGAAUUGCAUGAUUGCACUUGCCUCGAGUGGCAACACACUGGUAAACCAUGUGAGCAUGCCAUUCUCUUCUUAGCAUCCCAACCGAAGAUAAACAUGCACCCAUAUUUGCAUGAAUAUUAUUCGGUAGCAAGAUUCAAAACUGCAUAUGCUACUCCAAUUCCAGCACUUAUAGAUCAGUCUCAGUGGCCUGAAAUGGACAUUGAAUUUUCCAUGUGUCCUCCCUUGACGAAAAGAAAGGCUGGCAGGCCUAAACAGAGUAGAUUCAAGGCAUGGUUUGAGAAAGGUGGGAGUAGUAAGAAGGGAAAGAAAGAUGGAAAGCCAAAAAGGGCCCAAAAGGUAACAAAAACAGAUGCAAGUUGUGCCAGGAACUUGGGCACAGAGUGGGAUCUGUCAAAUGCCGUUACACUCCUGAUAAGCCAAAGAGGAAGCGAGCAAGUCAGCCCCUUGUUGUUGAACAGUGUUGGCCAACAAAAAAAGCAAGAGUCAAUGGCGGUAGAAAGAAGAGAAGUGUGCCUGAGCCUGAGCAGACUGAAGAAAAUCUUGCUGCAGUCAACAUUCAGACUGAAGAAACUGCUCUCGAGGUUGAAACUGAACCUGAGCGUGUCGAGGUUCAGACUGAAGAAACCCAUGUUGAGGUACACACUGAAGAAACUGAAACUGCUGUCAACAUUGAGACUGAAGACACUGAUCACGAGGGUGUUGGCGAGGUGUUGAAAAGAC